AUUUGCGCUAUCUGAAAAAAUAUUCCACAAAAACCAUUUUGACGAUUGCUAUGGGUUAAUCCCAUUUCAAAUAAAUUGAAAAUAGCAAGUUUCCUUUUAGUUUCCCUUAAGAAGAUACCGAAUUCUUUGAUCGAAACCCGAUCGAAACUAUUCUGGUUAACUGAUUUCAAGAUAGUCUGCACUUUAAAUCUGUAUAUUAUCACUUUCUGUUAUCAAUAAAAUAAGGGAAGUAUGUCAAAGUCAUUCGUGUAUUGUUGAUGUAAUCAUUGCGUGAAGUUGAGAUAAUUGGGAAAAAAAAAAAAAAAAAAAAAGCUCAUGUGAUUUGGUUUUAUUUUUUCACAGAAAGUGAAAACAAGUUGUCAAGUGUGUAGUGAUUCCUUAGUUUGAUUUGACGUACUAUUCAUGGGUAUUUCGUUGUCGUUCGUGAGAUGACUAAUACAUGUUUAGAGUGAAGUUUUGAAUUAAAAUUGUUUUAUCUAAUUAGGAAACAUUAGUUUUUUUUUGGUUUACCAUAAAAUGUUAAUAUUGUGUACGUAGCGUAUUUGGCAAAUAUAACAAGGAACAUCUAGACAACGUUUAACUAAACAUGGUGUUGACAAGAAUCCAUUUGUUACCAGUUUCUAUAUUUGUAUUAAUACCAUCUUCAUUUAUAAUCACUUACUGCAUUGCAGUUUAUCUGAAUCAUGUAGAAGUUGGUUUCCCUUAUAUCAGUGACACGGGGACUUUUGCUCCUGAAAGUUGCAUUUUCAGCCAAGCUGUAAAUUUAAUAGCUUUCUUAUUGGCAGCUUUCAUGUAUUUGAGAUAUAAACAUGUGGAGCAGCAUUAUCGAGAUUUUUUGUCAUCAGAAUUUACUGUAGUUUUAAAGUUGAAUAGAAUUUCACUUGCAAUUGGAUGGUUUGGAUGUCUUGGAGUGAGCAUUCUGGCAAACUUUCAGGAAACUUCAGUUAUAAUUGUUCAUAUGACUGGUGCUUUAAUUGCAUUUGGAUCUGCUGCAUUGUAUAGUUGGACACAGACUGUAAUUUCUCAUUAUGUAUGCCCUCUGCUAAAUUCACUAUUUAUUGCAAGAUUACGGGUGUUUCUCUCUUUAAUACUGACAGCCUCUUUUGGUACUACUCUAAUUGGUGGAAUUAUAGCCUAUCAAAAUUUUCAUGGUAAGGAUGAGACGAAGUGGCAUCCAACAGAUGGGGGAUUCACUGCUCAUGUUGUAAGCACAGCUGCAGAAUGGAUAUUAGUAAUUUCCUUCGAUUUUUUCAUCCUCACCUUUGUUAGGGAAAUGCAGAGUAUUUCAAUAUCUUCACCUCAGGUCCAUUUUAUAAUUGAAGAUCUCACUUUGCAAAGUGCUGAAUUUUAUAACAGUGAAGAUCAUGUAAAUGUUGUAGCAUCUCAGAAUAGCUUUCGGGUGAAUUCUAUGCCCAACAGUCCAUAUGGUGAUCUUAGCAAAGAAAAUACUUUAACUACUCAAGCAGUAAUUCAUUAACUAUUAAAAGUAUCUUUCUGUUAUGUAUGUGCAUAGAUUUAAUUUAAAAUUUUUAUCUUUUAUUAUCUCAGCUUAUAUUUGUCAUGGUUAUGAUCAUUCAUCAGUUUUAGCUUUUCACAUCUUGUAAGAGAGUGCCUCUUAACAUACACUAUUAUAGUUGUAGUUUGUUUAAAACUAAAUUAUAUAUUCGUAAUGAAUUGUGAAUGAAUAUAUGUAAAUAAUUAGUCAAAUGGGCAAGAAUACUAAAGCUUUUUUUUUUUUAAAGUAUUGUGAAGAUGUGCAAGUGAAGGAUUCAUAAUUUUUCUUCUGUUUCAUUCCUUGCAUUUCUUUAUAAAAACACAAUUAUGUAGCAUUUUUAUCAGUACAGAAACAUUAUUAGCUGAUGGUUUUCAAAUGAAAAUAAAAAAUAUAUACUGUAAUUUCCAGAAGGAAAGCCGCAUCAAUGUAAACGCCGCAUUCGAGAAAAAUGGCUGGGAAAAAACUAAAAUUACGCAGAAAAAGCUGCAAUAAAUUAAAUCGUGCUUGACGUCGUCAUGGACCUUGCAGACACAAAAUCGUGACCUAUGUCCUAAUAUAUGACAUAUAAGUUUUAAAAAAAUGCAUGAAAUGAAACCAUAACUCAAAAAUAAAUUAUAGGUAAGAAAUUUUGAAAAUAUACAUAUGUUCAUGAAUAUACUUAUAUUUACCUGCUAAAGAAGUCCAUAUUUGUAAUACUCAUAUUAUAAUAUAAAAAAUAUCACAACAAUGAGAUUUAAAUUUGGAUGACAGAAGGAAAUUUUAAAUUUUACUUACAAAAAGAAUUAAAGCAAACUGUACAUCAUAUCAAGCCAUCAAAAUCUGAUUCUUCACUAUCUGAAUUUAAAAAGAUUUAGCAAAUCCUGAUAUAAAUAGUCCAAGUCUUCUAGAUUGUCGCACUCAUCCUCUUGGUUUGCAGUCUCUUUAUCUAAAAAUAUAAUUUCAGCACCGAUUUCUAUGCACUUCUUACCCACUUUGCAACUUCUUCAUAAGAUGCUUUACGCAUUUUGCCGCUUUUGGUAUACGUAUGCAAUCCUUCACUCAUCCAACACUCCCACCGCUUUCAGACUUCAACUUUGAAAGAUUUAUUAACUGACAAAUCUAAUGGUUGUAAGAUUUUGUCAAAUCCCCAGGAAUUAUUACUAAGGUCGUAGACAGGUUUUUGACAUCUGGUUUUCAAGUAAAUGAGAACGCAUGGAAUCCAUUAUCAACAACCCUUUUGGUUGGAAAAAUGAUCCCUUACGACACUGCCAAACAACUUUUUGUAGCCACUCAUGCAUGAUUAUUUCGCACAUUUAUCCAUUCUUGUUUGCACAAAUAAUUACGUCAUUAGGAAAAUCUCCCUUCGGAAUAGUUUUCCUUUUAAAAAUUAUCAUCGGUUUUAUCUUGUGACCAUUUGCGGCACUAGCUAACACACAUAUAAAUGACAUCCUUUCAUGCCCUGUCAUAAGCAUGGAUACUAUUUUUGCACCAGUUUCAUCAACAGUUCUGUUUGCAGAGAGUCAAAAGCUAAUGUCAUUUCGUCCGUAUUUAUUAUCUAUGAAGGAAGAAGUUUUUGUUUCUCAAUAAUAUGUCACAUAUUUUAGAAAAGAUGCUUUUUAUCUUGCCAGUCCAUUAGUAAUUGUUGCUCGACUGUUGUUCUAGUUCGGACAGAAAUAUUUUUUCUUUUCAUAAAUCUGCUACACCAGCAAAGGUCCUCCAUUGAAAUCAUUUAUGUUCAUUUGUUUCACCAUAAAUUUUGCUUGUAAGCAAAUUUUUAGUCGAAAUUGCUAUUCCCUUUCCUUGUUGCUCCUUUAUCCAAUUUGCAAGGUCAUAUUCUAGUUUUGAUUACCUUACAGUGCCACUUCUUUUGGCUCAUUUCUGUUGUGGCAUAUUUUUAAGUUCUUCUUUUUCAGUUCUCCAAUGUCGAAUGCAUCUCUCGUCCACUUCAAACUCUCGAGCUACUGCUGUAUUUCCAAUUUGUUCAGCACAUGAAAUUAUAUUAAGCUUAAAACCAACAGUAUAGCUUCUGUGCCAUUUAGGUGCCAUAAACGGCAACUUAAAAACUAUCCAAGAAAAAUCGAUUCUUUCUGAAGAGGGGAAUAUGUCAGAGUUCGUUACUGCAAUUGAGGUGGAGUCGUGUCCACUUUUGAAAAAAAUCACAGUAGAUUUACAUUGGAAAAGGCAGGGGAGGGGAGGAGAUGGGUCCUGGAAGAUUCAACCAACAGCAGAGAAGAGAGACUAUUCAAACUGAUGAGAAUGCUGAUUUGAAAGAAGGAAGAAUGUUAUUGUUCUGAGAUCCCGUUUAAGGUAAAUAAGGCAUGUAGGUCCAUUCAAGUGAAAGAAUGUAAACAAAAUGAAGUUUGCAGAAAGCAACUGAGUGGUCUUUUGUGUGGGAACAGCACCAAGCUAGUACAAUGACAAGGUCAUCCAAACUAUGUACAAUGACAUCACAGGAAAUAUUUUUUAAGUGUACCUAAGCGCAGCAUUGGUUGAAACAAUGCAACCAUUGAAAAUUUAAGUUUUAAACACAUAAACACUGCAGCAUUUCUUCCAGAAAUUAUGGUAUUUAUUACACUAAUUGCCAUACUAAAAAACACUGUAAUUCUUUGAUUUUAACAUUCUAUCAGUGGAGAAAUUCCAUUUUUAAAAAAUCAGGUUAAUAUCAGGUUAAUAAAAUGUGAUGCUAAAUUACACAUAGCAAAUAUUUUUACUAUACAGUAAAAUUCCUGUAAUCUGUAUGCUUUGAAGCGAGGAUUGUGCAGAUUAGAUAGUUUUGCUGAUUGUAGAUUAUGUCUGAUUUUUGUUUACAUUUUGUUUCUUUCUAAUUUGUACCUUAAAUUUGAAUUUUUUGUACAUAAAUAACUUGUAAGAUUAUACUUAAAAAAUUGUGAAAUCAUAAUUUAUUAAAUGCAAAACUGUUAUAUUUCUAAUUCAUAUGUAUACAAGGAAAGUAUCAGUACAAGGGGAAAAAGAGAGGAUAAAAGGUAGUUUUAUUAUUAUUUAUAAAAUAAAUUAAUUAUUAUUAUAAAAGUGUGUGUAGAAAUAUUUUAUUUAAAAAAAAUAUGUAUUCACCAGCAAAAUUAUUGAGAUAAUUUCUUCUUUAUUACAUUACUAUCCCAUGUUGAUAUUCUGAACCAUAGAUAGUGUUGGUAUUGGCAAUAUUUACGAGAGAGGAGGAUGUUUCAUUGCAAAAUGCAACAAAUUUAGAAAAUAGCUGUAAAUUCUAAGGUUGUUUUUGUUUUCAGAAUGAUAUGCUUGGAAGAAAGUGCAUUUUAGAAUCAAAGAAAUACAAUAAUAUGUUUGACUUUUGCAUGAAUUAUUAAUAUAGCACAAUUUUAUUGUAUUUAUUGUUUUGAAACUCAUAUUGUUAUUGCCCUUAAUUUAAGAAAUUGUUGCUGAAGAUCUGGUUGUUAAUUUAAGGGCCUGUUCAUGGAAGUCCGGUUUUUUAAAUGCCCAGUAUCAGGAUUUAGCUUUAUAUUAUUUGUUAUUUAUCAUUUUAGUAUUUUUGUUCCCCUUUUUUAUCCAGUUUUAAAAGCUAGAAAUCCCGGUUAUAUAGUCAUUUCAUUAUUUCUAUUCUUAUGUAAAUAAUCAGCUGCAUCAUGCUAUAAAUUUAGACUUGCUGAUGUUUUACUUGUUAAGUCUAUAUUCCGGUGUAAUUACAGUGAAAUUGUAUAUUUUAGUCUUAUUAACAGAACAAUGUAUGUUUUCUUUUUUUUUUUUGUCAUAGUUUAUAUAAAAAUUUCAGCUUCCCAUUUUCAUUCUUGUAUAAUUAUUCAGAUAUAUCAUACUCUAAAGUAGGACUUGUUGAUAUUUUAAUCAUAAAAUUCUUUUUUAUCUUUGCAUUUUGUUAUAACUAUAAUAAAGUUAUAUAGUUGAACUGUAUGUCAGAAGGAAUACAGGAAUAUCAGAAGGAAGUGUGUUUUAUUGUAAAAUGCAGGUUAAAAUCUUAAGUAACUUUUCUUUAUUAAACUCUGAAAAGUUAAAAAAUGUAGAUAAAUCUGUUAAAUUGUAUUUAGGAGCAUUAGCUAAAAACAAAUAUUAAGAAAAUUACUAACAGCAAACUGUGUUAUGCUAAUUGAUCAGUAUAUCCCAAGAUACCUAACACAGAAUUUUCUAAAAAGUAAUUUAUUAUGAGAAUUUUUUUUUUUUUUUUUAAUUUCAAAAUAAAGACAAAAAUUGUUUUUGUGUCAUAGGAAUAUGUACUUCCUUUUUAUGUAAUCAUAUUAAUUUUUAAUACAAUCCAUUUUUCUGUCUUAUAUGAAUUUCAAGAGAAUAGGUAUUAAAAAUGAGUGCUUAGAUUAUUCCAUAGUUAAAAUAACCACACUUUAAAGAAAUUGUGGUUAUGAAAAAAAUUAUAUGUACCUUUAAAAUUUUUAAAUAGUUGCUAGUUUAUUUUUGAAAUGUUUAUCUAUUUCAUAUAUACAAGUUUCUGUGGAUUCCUUUUUAU